CCGGAUGUUGAUGUCGGACAUUUUUUUCCCUCCCGGCGAAGCUGCUAUUUAUUUGUUGAUGUUUUAAUUGUACUUUAUUUAAGCCAACUACACUCAAAUGUCCUCAUUCUACAUCAAACCACCGAGUUUGAGUUUUAGUUAAGGGUAAAACCAGAAUUAUCCGAGUGACAGUCUAAUGUUUUAAAAUGUCCCAGGAGGAAUUUCAGACACCAGCGAAUACAGCAGCUACCCCCGAAACGAGCCUUAACACAGGGGAGACUCUGUGGCAUAAUCCUGGGAAGACUCCAAUUCAAAUCCUGCAUGAAUAUGGAAUCAAAAGUGGGAACCUUCCAGUGUACAUGUUGGAGAAGGCUGAAGGCCAGGAUCACCAGCCCAGCUUUGUCUUCAGUGUCACAGUCGGAGAGGUCACAUGCGUAGGUCAGGGUACCACUAAAAAAGCUGCGAAGCACCAAGCUGCAGAAGGUGCUCUGAAUAUUCUGUAUACGGACGCUGGAGCUGGAAAUGUUGCUUUGAUGGGUCAAAGUAAUGAAGCUGCAGCAGAAACAAACAACCAUCUUCCUAAUUCUGUGGGGUUACUGCAGGAGUUGGCGCUGCAGAGAGGUUGGCGUCUCCCCGAGUACACAGUGUUACGAGAGACCGGCCCCCCACACAUCAGAGAGUUCACAGUCACCUGCAGACUGGAAUCUUUGACAGAAAAAGCUACAGGGAGUUCCAAAAAAGCAGCAAAGAAGGCUGCUGCAGAGAAAAUGAUGGCGAAGCUUCAGAGUUUGUCAGGAUGCUCAGAAAUCACAUGGAAUCCAAAACCGAAUGUCCGAUUUGACGCCAUAAGAAGCUCCACGGCAGAGAAGAUAAACCUGUUGAGGAGAAACCCACUGAGCAUUCCCAACAUGGAUUACAUUCAGUUGAUGUUGGAGCUUUCCAAAGAGCAAGGCUUUGAAGUCACAUACUUUGAUAUUGACGAGCUGACCGUGAACGGACAGUACCAGUGCCUGGCGGAGCUGUCCACCUCCCCGGUGACCGUGUGCCACGGCACCGGCAUCUCCUGCAGCAACGCGCACAACGACGCAGCUCACAGUGCGCUCCAGUACAUCAAGAUUAUGGCCGCCAGCAAAUAAUCUCCUCCAGCAUCAGCAGUUUCUCCUCCAACUUGUAAACAGUCACAGUGAGAUUAUCAGCUUUAUGUAUAUUUUUGUAGUCCAUCAUCACAGUGCAGCUCCAUGACUUGUUUGAUUGUCAGGUUAAAACUGACCUUAAAGACACUAUUUAGGCUUUUUGAGGUUGAUCACAUAUUCCAGCACCUGAAAAUGACUAGAAGAAAGUAUAUUUGAAAUCUCAUUUUCUGUUGUUUAGCUGAGUGUUUUAAGUCUCACAUUUAUCAUCCGGUGCUUCUGUGGAAAAACAAAAACCUUGUUACUGACAGUACAUAUACAGCAUGUUCCAAGUUAGUAUGCAAACUAUAUUUUUCUUAAUACUCAAUGCGAUAACCAUCAGCAUAAUUUUAAAGUCACUAAUCAUUAGAGUAAAUAUUAAAUGUUAUUUAAUAAACAGUAUUUCUUAAAUAGAUUACAAUGUUCCAUAUUAUUAGAAAUCCACAACAUUUUAAAGAUUUGUUGAAUUUGCUACAUUAGGAGGUCAUAUUUACUGAAAUCCAAUCGCAAACAUCUUAAUGGGUUAAGUUACAUUUGAACAUAGGAGCCCUUAUUUUGUAGCAGCUUCACAAUGGAAAGUUGGAAAGUUUCUUCUGGACGUCAGAAUAGCCUCCCAGAGCUGCUGUUUAAGAUGUGAACUGCCUCCACCCUCACAGAUAUUUAGCUUGAAGAUGUUCUCUAUGGGGUUGAGGUCAGGGGAGGAUGGGGGCCACUCCAUCAGUUUAUCUCCUUUUAUACUCAUAGAAGCCAGGAGCUGCGUUUCAUUACACAUAUGUGCAAAACUUUAUCGAAACUAGGAGUUUUGAAAAGACAAAAUUUUGAAAUGACAGUUUGCAUUAAAUCAUAAUUAUGCAAAUCAACACAAACACGGCGAUGGAUGAGAACAAGUAUUUUUUUUAUUUGAUUCACUAAAAGGGAGCCAAUGUGGCGCGCGUGAUAGGCGUCAUAGUCUCAGAUGCACGUGAGAAACAUGUUCAGUGGUUUAAAAAAAAUAAGCAUUCUAAUAAGUGAGCAGCUGGAUCCUUUUUUCUAUUUGAGAACAUGACAAUAUCCAUUUAAGUUUGUCACAGCACUUGUUCCUCGCAGCAUGAUGAUUUUGUUACGGAAAGCACGCUUCUUUUUGUAACACGGAAGACAGUGGUCAGCCACACCUCCAGGGUCCUAAAGGGGUCGACCAGCUCCCUCCCCAUGAUUUUAGCCCAAACCAUGACUCCACCACCUCCUUGCUGACGUUGCAGCCUUGUCGGGACAUAGUGGCCAUCCUCCAACCAUCUUCUACUCCAUCCAUCUGGACCAUCCAGGGUUAACACAGCUCUUAUCUGUGAUCAAAAAUGUUUAAAAAUGCAGCUUCAAAUAUGUGCUUGUUGUUUUAUAAUGGUAUUUUAGCAGCUGCUCUCGUAAUAGUGUGAUGAUUCACCUUUGUGAAAUAUCCAAGGCUGAUCUAGAGCUUUUAACUAUUUCAAACUUUUAGAUCCUUUUUCUUUGUCAUAUUGCUUAAAAAGUUGUUCUGCUUCAUCAUUUAGAACGUUAGUAGUUUUCCCUUUAAUUUAACUCACCUGGUAAACUAAUGAUCAUGUGUCUGAGAUUGAUUUCAGUGAUUCAAAGAGUCCAGAGACACAAUAUCAUCCACGAGUUUAGUUAAAAAACAAUUUUAUCUUUGACAUUUAAAUACAAUUUACAUGAUAAUUUGGAAUGUGCUGUAUAAUCAAAGUGUUUCAGUUUAUACACAAACUAAAACUUUUUUGAAGAAGCCGCUUAAUCCAGAUUAAAAACCAAUCCUCCCUCUUGUUACAUCAUGAAAUAACUGCAGAAUUUUAAAUAUAAAUUAACUAAAAAAAGAAAAUACCUGAUGGGAUUUAAUCUAAUAAUGACUCAUAAGAACCAGAAAAAUGUUUGAUUGAACUAAUUUAAGAUAAUCUGGACAAAAUGGUGCAAAGAUGGAGGCGAUUUAGGAGAAAAAUCUAAAAGGAACAGUCAGAAAAAAAACCCAAAAGGGUAUAUAUUAUAUGUGUUAUCUUUAAGCUUUUUGGACAUCAGAUGUACAUAACUGUUGAACUUUUUAAUCAUCACAUCUGGACAAAAAUGCAAACUUUUUAAUAGGAAAUGAUAUUUGAUUUGCCAAAAGCAGAACAUUUUUAUUGCUCAUAUUAUGAGACUUAUUGAAGUAUUUGUAUUGAUUUUGUAAAAAAACAUUUUUUGUUCUCCUGCCCCCCCAUGUCUUUUAUUCUCCUGCAUUGUGGUGCUCCUCCUUGCAGUAUUUCUCAUCAUGCACAUGUACAGUGAUGUAUUUAUCAAGCAUAGCGACUGGAGCUCUCCCUCGUUGGAGUUGAACCCCACAGAGUUCCUGCUUCAAUAAUGGCUCCGAAGCCUAAAAAUAAAGCCAAUUACUGGUGA